GCCGCCAGAGCCGAUUGCGCGGCGGGCGGGACCAUGGCGACAGGCGGCGGGCAAGACCUGCCCGCCCUGCUGCUGCUCCUCCUCCUCGUCCUCCGGCCGUGCGAGGCAAGUGCGGGGCGCCCAGCGGGGCCGGCGGCCGGGGGCAGCCGGCGGGCGGUGCGGCCCCGUGACCCGGCCCCCGGGGCCGCCGUGUCCCCGCAGGAGAGCGGGCCGGAGCCGGCGUGUCCCCGGCCGUGCGGGGAGCACUGCCCGGCCGAGCCGCCGCGCUGCGCCCCCGGCGUGCCCGCGGUGCUGGACGGCUGCUCCUGCUGCCUGGUGUGCGCCCGGCAGCGCGGCGAGCGCUGCUCCGCGCUGCUGCCCUGCGACGAGAGCAGCGGCCUCUACUGCGACCGCGGUCCCGAGGACGGUGGCACCGUCGGCAUCUGCAUGGUGCUGGAGGGAGACAACUGCGUGUUUGACGGGAUGAUUUAUCGCAACGGGGAGACGUUCCAACCCAGCUGCAAGUACCAGUGCACUUGCCGCGAUGGACAGAUCGGCUGCCUGCCCCGCUGCAACCUGGACCUGCUGCUCCCCGGGCCCGACUGCCCCUUCCCCAGAAAAAUCGAAGUCCCUGGAGAGUGCUGUGAGAAGUGGAUCUGCGACCCUGAUGAUGAAGUGAUUUUGGGAGGUUUUGCUAUGGCUGCCUACAGGCAAGAGGCCACACUUGGGAUUGAUGUGUCGGAUUCAGGUGCCAAUUGUAUUGAGCAGACAACAGAAUGGAGUGCUUGCUCCAAAAGCUGUGGAAUGGGCUUUUCCAUUCGUGUUACGAACAGAAAUCAACGGUGUGAGAUGGUGAAGCAGACGCGGCUUUGCAUGAUAAGACCUUGUGAAAAUGAUGAGUCAUCUGAUAAGAAAGGGAAGAAAUGUGUCCGAACAAAGAAGUCUGUGAAAGCUGUUCGCUUCGAGUACAACAACUGCACGAGUGUGCAGACAUACAAACCACGUUACUGUGGCCUUUGCAAUGAUGGGCGAUGCUGUACCCCGCACAACACCAAAACCAUUCAGGUGGAGUUCCGCUGUCCUCAGGGCAAAGUCCUAAAAAAGCCAGUGAUGUUGAUCAACACCUGCGUCUGUCAUAACAACUGUCCUUUGAGUAACAUUGUUUUCUUCCAGCCAUCAGAUCUGUCAUCUAGCGAAGUAAAAAUAUGAAAAGCACGAAUUAGGUUGCAUAAAAGGUAUAAAUAGUUUAUACAAAACUUGACUCACAAUCAGGUGAAGGUAAUAAUUGCGUAUAUAAAAUAACUAAAAUGUUUUUUCAAAACAGUCUUUCAAACUAGGUGCUUUCUUUUUUCCUGUAGUUUAUUAAAUACCUCAUUUUACGUUUCCCCCCUCCGAAUGUCUUUUAUUCACUUGAAGGAAAUUUUGUACCCUGGACAGAGCCUUCUUUUUUUCUUGAUGGUGACAGAAAGGUCACAAAGCAGACAGCUAGACUUUCUCCUGGGUUAAGGGGAUCAUGCCACAAGUUUCAGUAGCUGUAGGACUGGGCUCUUUUAAGAGU